GGCGGAGUUAGUUUCGUUUCGGCUUAGCCUUCCGGGGAUGGCGUGAGCCCGUUGCACGGAUCGGGAAACUGAGGCCCGAACGUUAAGGGAACUGCGGGGACGCGCUGUUAGGAGGCGGCAGAGCUGGUGGUAACCUGACCCGUGGGAUUUCAAAGUUAAAGCCCUUUUCCCACGGCCACACGGCUUCGUGGGACUUUAUGGAAAUAUUGAAAAUAACUGCGGUACCAUUGUCAGUCCCUUCUCACCUCGGGCCGGACGUCGCUAGUGGACGCGCCGGCCCCGAGUCCCUUCCGGCGGCCGCCAGACAGACCCCCGACAGCCUAACUCGGCGUCCGUAUCGCCGUCGGGGCGGCUGAAGUCGGAGCUUUCUGUGGAGCUUGUUAGGCAGAGGCACCUCGACUGUGGCUUUUGGACCACACUUCGGAUUCACCCGGGCAGAUGAUUAAAAAUGCCGGUUUCGGGACCCGCCCUGUUCCCAUGGAAUUAGUCUGGAGCUUGGGCCCCGGAGUCUGCAUGUCUAAUAAGCGUCCCUGGGGUUACCAAGGCACCCCAAAGUUUAAAAGUCACUCGGUGUUGGAGGAUUUUUAGACAGACGCGAUACUACAAGUACUACUAAUGACCUAUUUUAGAAUGACCCAGAUAAUCGCAGUGUGACUUUAUAGCCACAGGUCAAUGUGGAUAUGUGCAAACUAGGGAAGCUCCUGAUCUUGGGUAGAGAGGAAGCAACUUUGUCAUUGAUUUGAGAAUUCAAGUAGGACUCUUUUGACUAAGUGUUCAAUACUAUAGAAUCUUUACACACUUGUGAAUAUAUUUCCUAGAAUUCAUAACUACUUCUAGUUGUCCUUGUUUUUGUAGCCAUCUGGGACGCUGAAUUUCCAGGAGUAUGCUGCUGCUGUUCCGCUUUGCGUCCUCGCUACAAACGCCUGGUGGACAACAUAUUCCCUGAAGAUCCAAAAGUAAUUUGAUCUACAUCUACUGAUCCUUCUCUUUGCUGACCCAUUCUGCCCCCCGCUGACCUCCUUAAGGAUGGCCUUGUGAAAGCUGAUAUGGAGAAAUUGACAUUUUAUGCAGUAUCUGCUCCAGAGAAACUGGAUCGAAUUGGUUCUUACCUGGCAGAAAGGUUGAGCAGGGAUGUUGUCAGACAUCGUUCUGGGUAUGUUUUGAUUGCUAUGGAGGCACUGGACCAACUUCUCAUGGCUUGCCAUUCUCAAAGCAUUAAGCCAUUUGUAGAAAGCUUUCUUCAUAUGGUGGCAAAGCUGCUGGAAUCGGGGGAACCAAAGCUUCAAGUUCUUGGAACAAAUUCUUUUGUCAAAUUUGCAAAUAUUGAAGAAGACACACCAUCCUAUCACAGACGUUAUGACUUUUUUGUGUCUCGAUUCAGUGCCAUGUGCCAUUCCUGUCAUAGUGAUCCAGAAAUACGAACAGAGAUACGAAUUGCUGGAAUUAGAGGUAUUCAAGGUGUGGUUCGCAAAACAGUCAACGAUGAACUUCGGGCCACCAUUUGGGAACCUCAGCAUAUGGAUAAGAUUGUUCCAUCCCUCCUGUUUAACAUGCAAAAGAUAGAAGAAGUUGACAGUCGCAUAGGCCCUCCUUCUUCUCCUUCUGCAACUGACAAAGAAGAGAAUCCUGCUGUGCUGGCUGAAAACUGUUUCAGAGAACUGCUGGGUCGAGCAACUUUUGGGAAUAUGAAUAAUGCUGUUAGACCAGUUUUUGCGCAUUUAGAUCAUCACAAACUGUGGGAUCCCAAUGAAUUUGCAGUUCACUGCUUUAAAAUUAUAAUGUAUUCCAUUCAGGCUCAGUAUUCUCACCAUGUGAUCCAGGAGAUUCUAGGACACCUUGAUGCUCGUAAAAAAGAUGCUCCCCGGGUUCGAGCAGGUAUUAUUCAGGUUCUGUUAGAGGCUGUCGCCAUUGCUGCUAAAGGUUCCAUAGGUCCGACAGUGCUGGAAGUCUUCAAUACCCUUUUGAAACAUCUGCGUCUCAGCGUUGAAUUCGAAGCAAAUGAUUUACAGGGGGGAUCUGUAGGCAGUGUCAACUUAAAUACAAGUUCCAAAGACAAUGAUGAGAAGAUUGUGCAGAAUGCUAUCAUCCAAACAAUAGGAUUUUUUGGAAGUAACCUACCAGAUUAUCAGAGGUCAGAAAUCAUGAUGUUCAUUAUGGGGAAAGUACCUGUCUUUGGAACAUCUACCCAUACUUUGGAUAUCAGUCAACUAGGGGAUUUGGGAACCAGGAGAAUUCAGAUAAUGUUGCUGAGAUCUUUGCUUAUGGUGACCUCUGGAUAUAAAGCGAAGACGAUUGUUACUGCACUGCCAGGGUCUUUCCUGGAUCCUUUGUUAUCACCAUCUCUCAUGGAGGACUAUGAACUGAGACAGUUGGUCUUGGAAGUAAUGCAUAAUCUCAUGGAUCGUCAUGACAAUAGGGCAAAGCUUCGAGGGAUCAGAAUAAUACCGGAUGUAGCUGACCUAAAGAUAAAGAGAGAAAAAAUUUGUAGACAAGACACAAGUUUCAUGAAAAAGAAUGGGCAACAGCUGUAUCGGCACAUAUAUUUGGGUUGUAAAGAGGAAGACAACGUUCAGAAAAACUAUGAACUACUUUAUACUUCUCUUGCUCUUAUAACUAUUGAACUGGCUAAUGAAGAAGUAGUUAUUGAUCUCAUUCGACUGGCCAUUGCUUUACAGGACAGUGCAAUUAUCAAUGAGGAUAAUUUGCCAAUGUUCCAUCGUUGUGGAAUCAUGGCACUGGUUGCAGCAUACCUCAACUUUGUAAGUCAGAUGAUAGCUGUCCCUGCAUUUUGCCAGCAUGUUAGCAAGGUUAUUGAAAUUCGAACUAUGGAAGCCCCUUAUUUUCUACCAGAGCAUAUCUUCAGAGAUAAGUGCAUGCUUCCAAAAUCUUUAGAGAAGCAUGAAAAAGAUUUGUACUUUCUGACCAACAAGAUUGCAGAGUCGCUAGGUGGAAGUGGAUAUAGUGUUGAGAGAUUGUCAGUUCCAUAUGUACCACAAGUAACAGAUGAAGAUCGACUUUCUAGAAGAAAAAGCAUUGUGGACACCGUAUCCAUUCAGGUGGAUAUUUUAUCCAACAAUGUUCCUUCUGAUGAUGUGGUUAGUAACACUGAAGAAAUCACUUUUGAAGCAUUGAAGAAAGCAAUUGAUACCAGUGGAAUGGAAGAACAGGAAAAGGAAAAGAGGCGUCUUGUGAUAGAGAAAUUUCAGAAAGCACCUUUUGAAGAAAUAGCAGCACAGUGUGAAUCCAAAGCAAAUUUGCUUCAUGAUAGACUUGCCCAAAUAUUGGAACUCACCAUACGUCCUCCUCCCAGUCCAUCAGGAACCCUGACCAUUACUUCUGGGCAUGCCCAAUACCAAUCUGUCCCAGUCUAUGAGAUGAAGUUUCCAGAUCUGUGUGUGUACUGAUCGGCUCAUGAAGACCUCAGCAUAUGAUUUGUAAAGCCUAAAAAUUAAGGCCAAGCUGAGCUUUCAGGGUUUACUUAAUGUGUAUUAACAUACUUCUUGAAAAUAAUGAUGGAACAUAUCUUUAACCAAAUGCUUGGCAUACCAUAUUAGAAGUUUUGGAGCUAUAUAUAAUUUCGAGUACUUUCGAAGAUAGAUUUAUGCCAUGUUAAUUUGCUUUGAGGUUCCUGUUGCCUUUUUAAGUUGAACAUGUUUUGGUUUCACUUUAUUCCACUGUUAAGUAGUAUAUUUUAAACUUUUCACAAAUGUAAUGUUUUUUAAAAAGUAAGCCUUCAGAGGAUUGAAACUGUAUAAAUUGUUUAUCUCUUAAGCAUCUACACAGCCUUUUAGAUGUAGAAUUUUUGUUGUUGUUUUCUACAAAGGCAGAUACAUUUAAAUAUAUUCCUAGUCCUGGGGCUGCAAAACUGUUCGGUGGCUUUUUGUCCCCAUGCUUUAGAUAAGCUGGGAUAGGCACCCUGCUAUUCAGUUACUAUAAUAAUAUGUGAUAGGCAUUCCUCAUCUUCUUCACAAUAAUAGGACAUCUGUUGAAUAGCAUUCCUCGAAUAUAACCCUAAAAACGCCAUACUUUAAAUUGUCUGGUUCCUGUAAUAUUGUGUUUCCUGCCAAGAGUUUGACCAUUCUGCUUGAGAAGUGUAGAGCUUACUCUUGGAGUACCAAACUGUGCAAUAUUUUUACAUCAUAAGAUGUAUUAGUUUACAGGCUGUGCUUUGAAAUUAUAGUAGUAUUUUGCUGUGGCUCCAUUAAUUAAAUGAGAUAUAUAUUUAGUGCAGAAAAAAGACAUUUAAAACAGCUAUUAGUUCACCUGUGAAGAGUCUGUACAUUUUGAUUUCUAUUAAGAGCACAUUUAUUUACAUUUGUAUAUUGUUUUAAAUCCUCAUAGUCAAAAAAUUCUCCAGAUGGACUUUUAAUUUGUAAGAUUUGAACUGUGACUUGUAUACAUCUGUUUAGAAUCAAUUAUAUUAUAUUUGAAAAGCUGCCUGUGUUUUAACAGUCAAGUAUGCUAAAGUUUGUCAAUUUAAGCUGCUUUUGAUUUCAGCUACCAAGAUCACAGGUGCACUCUACACAUAACACUGACAGACCCAUAACAUUACAUACAUCUUAGUGAAUUCUAUCACAUGGUAAAAUGAACAGCUUUCUGUGUAACUCAUAAAAUUCUCUUAGGACAUUUUUAUAAAGUCACCUGUUUAUAGUUCUAUCUUUUCAGAUUCCAUUUCUUUUUACAUAAAACAGCAUACAUAUCAAAAACUGUAGCUUAGAAUACAGUUUAAUUUUUGGCUUUUGUUUUUGUUUAAAAAAUUGCAGUGAAGAAUGGGAUGUUUGUGUUUAUGGCUAUUUGGGCACCUUUAGUAGAAACAGACAAAAGUAAGGAAACGAUAAUAGGACAAGCAUACUUGAAAAUUUCUGAAUACUUAAACAAAAGCGCAACAUCUUGAAAACCAGUCUAGUCAUUGAAGCCUAUGAAAUGACACUGAAAGAUCCUGGGCUGCUUCUUAAAUAAAUGUAGAUCAGCAAGACUUGUUUCAGAGUGACAGUGGAGUCGUUACCACUGGAGGACUAAAGGGCCCUGUGGCAGUUGUCACUGGAACUUUGCCUCUUGAUCAGGAAAAAUGCUUCACCAGUCAGUAAAGCCAAGUUGUAUUUUUUUUAUUGCCCUUUUUUCCUUCUGUAUUUUUAAAGAAGGAUGUUAAUUUUUGACUAUACAUUUUAAAAAAAUCUAAGCAGGGGGACAUGCAAAAACAAUCAUCAUCCACUUGGAUGUCAUUUUAUAGAUUAACACUGUGUGCUUUUGUAUGGAAAAAAUAUAUAUAAUUUAAUAGUAUAAAAAAUAAAAUAUAUAUUCAUUUGCACUUAUGUGAAACACAAACUUUGCUCUACAAAAUUUCGUGUUUCUUAGUGAUUUUAAAAUGCAUGUAUUGCAUGUAAAGGAAAACCAUUACAAUUAAUGUUUAUCACACCUUUAUCUUGGUCUUUGUUGAUUUGGGUUUUGUUGGGGUUUUUGUUACUGUUUUUAAAUUACAGUAGGCUUCUAUAUAUCCUGGAUUUCUGAACUGGUCUUGUUGACAAGGAUUCCCAAGAAAUGGAUCUUUUCACUGGCUGACUCUCCCAUAUCUGCAAGAGAUUCUGCAGGAACUGGGUGUGCACACGGUGUUGUAGCCAGUUCAGGUACUGAAUAUUUAGGAUUUGAUGAAGUUCACUGUAUUGCUAUAUUUUUGUAGAUAAAUAAAACUCAAUAAAUUGUUAAUCAUU